CUAUGACUCACGCGUGCGUGCGUAUAUAAGGGGAUAGGCGAUUCAGGCGCUAAUAAAAAUAAAUAAAAAAUGAAACAUUCUUGAGUGAAAAAAGGUCACUGGCACCCUGCUGGAUGUAAUUUGUCUCGCUAUCUUUAUUCCGAUGUUGUUGGCUUUGGACUGUCUUGCGUCUCAGCACGUUGGGUGGAUAGAGAACUGUAAUUCGGUUGUUUGGUGAUAGUUUCUCUCGACGCGACAACCUGUGCACCCGCAGACGCCACCGGUUGGUUAUUUCCGUUCUGAAUCUGAUAAGAGUCCCGGAGCGCACGGGAAUAACGGAGGACUAAUGGCCACGUCUGAACCGACAGCCACUGGCGGGGACCAGGACCCCAACUCCGCCAAUUUACGACCAUCCACAAACUAUGACGCGUGGAUGCAAGGCUGCACGCGGAAACUGGGGUUGAAGAUCUGUGGGUUCCUGCAGAAGAACAACAGUCUUGGGGAGGAAGGCCGGAUCGCAGGCUCACUCUCAGAACGCAAGAAUAACCUGUUCUCCUGUGACAACAGCGAUCGGGAUGCCCGCUUCCAGCGCACUGAGACCGAUUUCUCCAACAUGUUCGCGAGAGACUUACUUCCCGCCAAAAAUGGAGAAGAGGCGACUAUGCAGUUCUUGUUGGAACUUGUGGACAUCCUCACCAACUACGUCAGGAAGACAUUCGACCGUUCCACCAAGGUUCUGGACUUCCACCACCCUCACCAGCUGCUCGAGGGCAUGGAGGGAUUCAACCUCGAGCUCUCUGACCAGCCAGAGUCCCUCGAGCAGAUCCUCGUGGACUGCAGGGACACGCUCAAGUACGGCGUGCGAACAGGUCAUCCACGGUUCUUCAACCAGCUCUCCACUGGGCUAGACAUCAUUGGGCUCGCUGGGGAGUGGCUCACCUCUACAGCCAACACCAACAUGUUCACCUAUGAGAUCGCUCCAGUGUUUGUCCUGAUGGAGCAGCUGACGCUGAAGAAGAUGAGAGAGAUGAUUGGCUGGCCCUCGGGAGAGGGGGACGGCAUAUUCUCACCAGGGGGUGCCAUCUCUAACAUGUACAGUGUGAUGAUUGCUCGCUACAAGUACUUCCCUGAGGUCAAGACCAAGGGCAUGUCUGCCGCUCCCCGCCUGGUGCUCUUCACAUCAGAACAUAGCCACUACUCUAUCAAGAAGGCCGGGGCAGCUCUGGGCUUUGGUUCUGAGAAUGUGGUCCUGCUGAGUACAGAUGAGAGGGGGAGAGUUAUUCCUGCUGAUCUAGAAGCUAAGAUCCUCGAUGUCAAGCAGAAGGGUUACCAUCCUCUGUUUGUGAACGCUACAGCUGGUUCUACAGUCUACGGAGCAUUUGACCCCAUCAACGAGAUCGCUGACAUCUGCGAGAAAUACAACAUGUGGCUGCACGUAGACGGUGCAUGGGGAGGUGGUCUCCUGAUGUCCAGGAAGCAUCGCCAUAAGUUCAGUGGUGUUGAGAGGGCUAACUCUGUCACAUGGAAUCCUCACAAGAUGAUGGGAGUGCCUCUACAGUGCUCCGCUAUCCUGGUCCGAGAAAAGGGUAUUCUGGCAGGCUGUAACUCCAUGUGUGCUGGCUACCUGUUCCAGCCUGAUAAACAGUAUGAUGUCAGCUAUGACACGGGAGACAAGGCCAUCCAGUGUGGCCGACACGUCGACAUCUUCAAGUUCUGGCUCAUGUGGAAGGCCAAGGGCACUAUAGGAUUUGAGCAGCACAUUGACAAGUGUCUGGACCUGUCUCAGUACCUCUACGACAAGAUCAGAAACAGAGAGGGAUACGAGAUGGUGUUCCAGGGAGUGCCCCAGCACACCAACGUGUGUUUCUGGUACAUCCCACCCAGUCUGAGAGGUUUGGAACACAACAGCGAGGAGUAUCGAGAGAAACUUCACAUGGUGGCGCCCAAGAUCAAGGCGAUGAUGAUGGAGUCAGGGACGACCAUGGUGGGCUACCAGCCUCAGGGCCAGAAGGUCAACUUCUUCCGCAUGGUCGUCUCCAACCCCGCAGCCCUCCAGUCAGACAUCGACUUCCUCAUUGACGAGAUCGAGAGGCUGGGGCAUGACCUGUAGACAGCGCCACCUCAGUGAGCGGAGGCCGAAACUGAAGUUUUCAAUGUUUUAGCUGUGACCAUAAGAAUCGGCUCUGAGAUCAAAUUUUAGCUGUUCUUGAUUUGUCCUAAACAAUUCACUCCGUAGGUAGAAUGUGUAAACCGUAGCCUUCAUGGCGUGUUGGGUACACACUCUGAUACUAAGGUUUUACUAACGUGUGUAGAGUCCUGUGUUGUGUGUUUGUGUUCCAGUCCGUUUAACAGUCGUCCAGUAGUCAUCUGUCUAUCUGUGUUGUACAGUAGAUUCAUAAGAGGAACCAUGGUAAUGGAACACAGGGAAACCCUCUACAUCAGUGUGUGUGUGUGUGUGUGUGUGUG